AUGGACCCUAUACUAACUUUUCAGAGAGAGAUCAAGGACAUUAAGGAAUUCGUCGAAUUGGCUAGAAGAGCUGACAUCAAGUCUGCUGUCGUCAAGGUUAACAAGAAGCUUAACGCUAACGGUAAGCCAUUCAAGCAAACCAAGUUCAAGGUCAGAGGUUCUAGAUACCAAUACACCUUGGUUGUCAACGACGCUACUAAGGCCAAGAAGUUGCAACAAUCCUUGCCACCAACCUUGGAAAUCAAGAACUUGUAA